AUAACCUUUCUAAGUUCCACUCUUCUUUCACUCGUAAUCCUCGUCUCUUGAUUCAUAAGCUUUCUAUAAUGCCAGGCGAAGCAGAAAAAUCAGGUCUUGUUCCUCUAGGCCAUGGAUGUUCAUGGAUUCAGGACAAUUCAACGAGUAGCCCUGGGUUGAGGCCGGGCCCUUUAUAUUCUGUGUUUCCCUCUACGCCUGCGGUAGUUUCCUCUGUACAGGAUCUUUUGGAUUUUAUAUGCUCAGGUCCUCUGGUAGAGAAAUUGGGCCUGACUACAGAAAUGGUGGAAUCAAGCAUUGACAAGUGGCUAAUGCUUGGGGGUUACCUGAGCAGAUUGCUCCAGUUCAAUGAGCUGCAACUUACAAUCCCACAGAAAACAAGAAUAUAUCAUUACUAUAUACCAGUGUUCUUCUGGUGUGAAGAUCAGAUUUCGAAACAUAAUUCAAUGUUCAAAGAUAAGGAUGAAAUCCCUCCCUUAGUGAUUGGCUUUAGUGCGCCACAAGGUUGUGGCAAAACUACUCUUGUCUUUGCUCUGGAGUAUCUCUUCAGACAGACUGGAAGGAAAUCGGCAACAAUAUCAAUAGAUGACUUCUACUUGACAGCAGAGGGACAGGCUAAGUUGAGAGAAGAAAAUCCUGACAAUGCACUUUUGGAGUAUCGUGGAAAUGCUGGAAGCCAUGACCUCCAAUUGUCCAUAGAAACACUAACGGCUCUGAGCAAACUGACGAAAGAAGGUAUGAAGGUGAAGCUGCCACGGUAUGACAAAUCUGCGUAUAGUGGAAAGGGUGACAGAGCUGAUCCUUCAACAUGGCCGGAGAUUGAAGGGCCACUAACUGUCGUUCUGUAUGAAGGUUGGAUGCUUGGUUUCAAACCCCUUCCUGUGGCAGGUGUAAAAGCAGUUGACCCACAGCUGGAGGUUGUAAACAAGAACCUUGAAGCUUAUUAUGAUGCAUGGGACAAGUUCAUAAAUGCAUGGAUAGUGAUCAAGAUUAAGGAGCCCAACAGUGUGUACCAGUGGCGGUUACAGGCAGAGAUUGCAAUGAGGGCAGAUGGCAAACCUGGAAUGUCCGAUGAGGAGGUUAUGGACUUUGUUUCUCGUUACCUGCCAGCAUAUAAGGCUUAUCUUCCAACACUUUACUCAGAAGGACCAAAUGGGUCAGAUCCAAAACGUCUUCUUGUUGUGGAAAUUGAUGAAGAGAGGAAUCCCAUCUUAGCUGUGUAACUGAUCGUAACUGAUCAUGUUCAGUGGCUCAGACCUUCUUUCUGUUUUUUGAAUUUUCUAGUCACAUACAUUGUUAGUGAGAGGAGCCUCUACUGGAGAGGCUUGCCUUUAGCAUUAAUUCAAGGUGAAUGUAAUAAUAUGUAAACUAUGUUCUUUAAGUUUUCAUGUAAAAGGCAAUUUUUU